GCUCCACGGUACGACCGGGAGCGCGCAGUUCUCCCCGGCGUGAAGUGCACGUGCCCUCCGCGCGGCCCGAGUCGCUUCGGAGUCCCGGUCAGGCUUGCGGGUUACGUUUCUUCUCUGACCGACACCCGAACCCGAGAGAGCUUGUUCCAGCGUCGGCACAUGGCCCAGGUCAUCCGAGAGGUCGUGGAGUUCAUGGAGGCGUCCCAGCAAUCCAUGGGGGUCGUCGACACGAUGCGUGGCAAACAAUUGGCUCUCGAUGGGUUGCGUGAUCUCCCGCCCAUCAGUCUCGCGGAGGCCGUCGAGGCGAUGCGCUUGCUGAGCACGUCCGCUUUCAACGUCGCCGACCGCGCCGCCAUAUCCCUGGCAGUGCAGGCCAAGGUGGUCCGCGCGGGAGGCCCUGGUGGCCGUGGUGGAUCGGGUGGCCUUGACGGCUCUGGCGGCGGUCGUGAUGGACGGGCGCAGGGGCAGACGUGCCUCCACCUGCAGCGCUACUUCACUGACAGCCUGUGGGCGAUCAUCCUCGACCCAGGGACGCAGUGGGAGAGCGCGUUCAUGCACAUCCAGGAGAGGCUGGGCGAGCUGGGGUUGGUGAACCCGUGCGAGAAGACGAAGAUCCUCCUGUGGUGCAUAUGGGUGGUGGCCCGCACGCCACCAGGGUCCAUGCCAGUCUAUGACCCCGUGAACGCCUUGGCCAAGAAACAUGACAUCGGUGCGGCAAUGGCCAGGUACAGGAAACGCGGCAAGCUCGACCACCACGGACAGGUUACGCAGUACCCUCCCACGCCAGCCGAGUUUUUGGCAUCGUAUCCAUCAUUGUACGAGGUGGCGUACCCGCACGGCCAGUUGCCAGCAAUCGUGCCCAUCAACGAGCUUGUGGUGGAGAACUUGAGGUCUCAGUUGGCAUGCCGCGGAACUCACGGGUCUAUUGCUGGCAGCCUCAGGGCUCCCUUGAUGCGCCAGCCGACGUACCGCGCCCCGUGCAUGGGCGCGCACUUGCACAGGCAGCUGACCGCGGCCCCACAUGACGACUCCCUGGGCAUCGGCAUGGUCAUCUACGAUCGGCCGCAGCCCGCCAACCAGCAGGGCUAUGGACACCCCGCGUUCCAGAGGCCACAGCCAGCCCCUACCGCGCCUCUUGGCGCGGUGCCGCUCACCGCGCCGCUUGCGGGCCCGCCGCCCCUGGGCUCGCCGCGUGCGGACUCGCCGCCGACGGGGGCCGCCGCUGACGCGGUCAGCCUCACCGAUUCCCCAGGCACGGAGGCGGCGGCGGCGGAGCCUGUGCCGAGCCUGGGCGUCGACCAGCUGGUCGAGCAGUUCGGUCGCGUGCUCGACGGCAGCUCGGGCAAGGGCAAGAGCAGCACGGUGAACAAGGGCAGGGUGGCCAAGCGCCCAGCAGCGGCGGCGAAGGCCGUCGUUGCGAAGCGCCCAGCUGCCAGUGCCAGCCAGAGCGAGAGCCAGACCGCGCACAAGGCCGUGGUGAAGGCCGCCACCGUCAAAAAGCUCACGUUCCCAGGCAGUCCAACGAAAAAGGUUCCAGCCAUGGUGUACAAUGACCAUGUCAUAUAUACAGACAUCAACAAGCAGGCGUGGCGAGUCGUCCCGCCAGGCACCGUGGUCGACAAACAGAUGUCGUGGAAGGUGCAGGGCGCCCGCUCAGCCUGGAAGCAGGUUGUAGAGUUCGUGAGCAGGCGAGAGCGCAUUUUUGACAACGAGGACAAUUUCCCUGGGCCCGUGCACGGG